UUUUGAAAACACUGGAAGCUGCUGAUCCCAGCGUAGCAUUCAAGACAAUUGUUCCUUCUUCGGUCUCCCUCCACCCCCUUCGUUUGUUGUGGGUCUCACCGCAGGCACUUAAUGAAUGAGUGAAGAUCUUCCUUCCCCCCUUGUGUCUUACCAAGGACUGAGUUCCCACUUGUGGCGAAAAAAAAAGUAUACCAUCCCACCCGGCCUAACCCGGGGGGUUAAGGUUCCUCUCGGAGACUGCCAGUCUACAAGAAGCUGGCAGAGCUUUAGCCAUUGGACCACAUCCAUCCAUCCUCCUACCUAAAGACGCCUUUUCUUGUUCGUUCUUCGAAUUACGCUAGUGGAGACUAAUUCCUUCCGGCUAAUGAAGAUACUACCCCAGUCUUCCCAUUCAUUCCCAGUGGAUCCUUCUUAUCCCUUUUCAUUGAACGAACCAAGUUCACCUAUACGAGAGUGAGGAAUAGAAAUCCUACAAUCAACUUCCCACUUUUGAUGUCCCGUUUGACGAUUCUGCUGCGUCUUUAGAAAAAAAAAAAAAGGAGAAGGACAGGGGUCGCUAGUCAGAAAAGCUAUAACUAUCAAUUCGAAUUCUGAAUGAAUAAAAUCUCCCCAAGUAGGAUUCGAACCUACGACCAGUCAGUUAACAGCCGACCGCUCUACCACUGAGCUACUGAGGAAGAACGGACUUAAGGAAGCUGACUCUCGUUCUUUGGCCCAACCAACCGCAGACCGAAAAUCAAAAAAGUGCGUCACUUUUUCUCUUUCACAUACACCGGGAGAAAGGGUGACGAUAGCAAUCCCCUUUGCCCCCCCGGCCGGGGAGCCUCCAGGACAGGACAAGGGGGGCGGCGGUCAACCAUCAACUCUCGAUAUGCAUAUUGAUCAAUCGAUCUCCGCGUCCUGCCAGUUCGCUAAGUAGACUCACUCUACCGAGGGGCAACUAAGGUUGGUUCCUGCCAAUUCCCUUGCUGAUCAGCCUUGGAAUUGGCAAGUAUGAGAGAGUCCUCUCUCUGUCUCUCCGAGUUUCAACUACUAAGUGAAGUUAAGUAGCACUUCAGCUAUUCUAAAUGUGAAUAGAUUCCGAUCAAGCAAGCAGGAGAAGGUGGUCCUUUCAUCUCUCUGUCUGCUCCAUGCUCUAUAGCCUAAGGAUCAUGAGCAGGUUUAAUGCUAGAAAAAACGAGAUCUGCCUAAUCAUUUCGGUAGAUGAAGUAGUGGGAGGUCACGAAGGAAGUAAGGGGGCAUGUUAAGUUGAUAAUUUCGAACAUUGUAGCAUCCUUUUGACGGUUGGGCUUUGAGUUGAUAACUUUUAAGAACUCUUAAUAUGAAAAUACACAUUCUAAAAUGACGCAUCGAGCGAGACCAUUCUGUUUCAUUGUGAAUGAAAGACGUUUUCGACCAACAACAUCUACUCAUAUCCAGCUUCGUGUCAUUUUUGAACACUGCGAUCAGCAAGCAGCAAGCGGGGGAGAGUCAAGUCAAGUACAACACAGGACUGACGGGGUGGGGCGCGCCAAAGCAACCCGGGACCCCUCCGGGGUCACUACAAAAGCGCUGGCGCCUUCUUUUGAAGGUGAAAAACUACGCUAGCUAAGAAAAAGAAAAGGGCUGCGCUAAUGGCAAGGAGCAAGAAAAGGGCAGCUAGCUCGAAAUCCGAUAAAUCGAAUACCUCCUGGCUUCAGUUAUGAGAGAGAACUCCAAGGCAGGAUAAAGACUGAGUUGGAUUCAGCCGCGUGGGGAAUGAAACAACAUUCAUGGAAUGAGUUGAGGCAAAACCUCCAGCUCUUUUUGAGAGUCAGGGGCUUUAAAAGCGCUUUAAAAAGGGCUGUCUGCAUUACUGGAUUCACUAUAUCAAAUUGUAGUAAAAACAAGGGGCCACGUAGACUAUUCUGAGGUGGUAUGCUAAAUCCAUGAUCAACUGAUGUAGCUAGUGUGACUAAAGCAGCAGCUAUUGGCUUAACUGGUUCUAAACUCUCCCACCCGAUAAAGGAAUUGAAAGACUACCCCGGGCCACGUAGACUAUUCCCUUCCGCGGACAUUCUUUUCUAGAAGGAAAGUAGCAAAGCCGAACGCAAAUACACAUGCAAAUUGCGUCGACUACCUCAUCACUGUCCAAAAUGGGGGAUACCGCUAUUCAUACAUGGAUGGACGAGGGACUCCGCUGACAACAUCAGUAGAUGACUUUUCUCGCGGAAUGCUAUUAACGUUGGAAAAAAACACUGCUCUCAAACUCACCCUCCGGGUGAUAGGUAGAAGCAUUAGUACCUAACGGAGCGGUAUCUAACCAAAAAGGGAGGUGAUGUUCUUUUUAUAAACAGGAUGGAGCAUGGCUUCCUUUCUUCUUAGAUACAUUUCAUUCAUUCCAUUUCUCUAUAGUUUACACCUGAACAUCUUGCUAAUCCUGACAGAUCUCGAAAAGGGUGGGGGCACUAGAACCAAAUCUACAUACACAUCGAAACUUCCUAUCUCAGCCAAGCUAGCACCUUCAUCCCACCAAUGCAUUGUACGACUCUCCACCCCCUUUUCCUCCCUCAUGAAAUCCUAAUUUCCCGCAAUGAAAUUCGAUUUCGUUCAUGUCGGCGGUUGGCAAAACGGCCCUGAGAUCCGGGACUGGUAAAACAUGGGUGCCCAAUUUGCUUUUCCGUGCUCCGCCUUAGUGCCCUUAUGAAGGCGGCGGGGAGUCCUUAGCCUUUGAACCAAACUCUAGGGAACGCUCAAUUGCCUGACGUCUCAACUGCAAUGGUGAACUCAGUGACAUACACUGAAAUGGAUUGCAUCUAUUGUUCCAAACAAGGCUGAUAUUAGCAUAAAAGCCCUUCCAUGCAAUUUCUUGCUUCGCUCUACAGACGAAAGUGCCGGAUAGUCAAUGGUAACCAGAAGAUCUAUGGUUUUCGAGAGAAGGUAAUUGGAAAAACGAUUCAUUCCUUUGCUUUCUUUCAGAUAUCUAUUCAAUAAGAUGAUCUGACCUUACCUGAAAACUAGAUUCAUGAAGAAGCCCAAAAAGUGCCGGGCUUAGUGCAGCCCAGUUCCUAGCCAGUGUGGGGUUCUGCCAUGGAUAUUCGGUCCACUCCAGAAUUCCAUUCAUUUUUCAAACGUAACUCGAUUGACUCAAUUCACAAACGGCAAGGAAGUCAAAAGUGACGCUUACAGGUCGUACGACAAUUGCUUCUCUUCCGGGACUACAUACAUCUUUUCUUUAACAACUACCAUACAAGCUAUUCGCUUAAUACAUGCUAGUAGGUAGGCUGGUGGUGGAGUAUUUAUUUUCGUCUUUUUUUGGUCUGUCUGUAUUUCGGUUUUGGGAUGGUGCGAAUCCAUCUAUCCACCAUUCUUUUAUCUUUCAGUAGUGUCAACCUCAGUUCUGGUUCUUUAUCUUGGAAUACUCUCCGUUGUCCUGGAAGCAAUGCUUGAAAGAAAGCGUAAGGAAGCGUCAAAUCAGUAUGAUGUAUUGGCAAAGCCAGUAAGAAGGGAAUCGAAAGUAGAUAGGGACUCCCACUGUAGAUGUGGUUUUAUACCUUGAUGAAUUGGUACCUUAUAGCAUAGCGAAUUGACUUUUCUUUCAAAAGGAUAUAUCAACCUGUAGUGAAACCGGGCCACCGAGCUUGCUUUUACCGCUCUUACAGCUCUCUCUCUUCUUUUUUAUGGGUAGUUUGGCCAGGAAAGAGAAAGAGGAAUGUACCCAUUUCUAUUUAUCCAUUCUCAUAGAAAGUACCAAAAAUGUUUUUGAAUGUAUGGAGCAGGCGUAUGAGUUGAUAUCUUCAAGAGUAAAAUCCUUUUCUUGCCCACCCAGCCAUAAAAGACAAAAAUCGUUACGAGCGGUCUUAAACCCUCACCUCAAUCUCAAAAAUGGAAUUGAAAAGCUCCAAUUUAAAUAAUGGUACCGGGGAAAUACCCAGGGAAGAAUCAUUCUUUGAAUCAUCCAGAUCUAUCAAUUUGCGAAUUCAAUAAAAAACGGACUGAUCCUCGGAAUACACCAUCAUCUUUCGAAGUGCGCAGUCAAUAUUAUGUUAUAUUCAAAGAAACAAGUCAAAGAGUAAAGGCUUCGCCCUUCAAUACCACACUUCCAAUCGAAAUUCCUACGAGAUUGACGUUCGAAGAAAAAGACAUGGUUUGAUAGAAACUUUAAGUGGGUAUCAAAUAAACUGGAAUGAAUGGUAUCAAUUUCUUCUUUUCUAUACUGAAUCUGCUUCGGUAUCUCUUUCUUCCUUCCCUUCUGUAAACCAAGCAGUGACUAGCCUCUGGCACUCACUUUCCAAAGCACCAAUUGACUUGCUUUCAGAACAACCCUGAUCAGUUAUACCUGAAAUACCACCCGUACGUAGUACGCCAUUCCCAACGCGGAGCGCCUUUAUUUUCGUAUUGAACUCCGCUAGGAAGAAAAAGUUAGACCGUAGCCUUGUCGAACAACCUCGUUUCUCGCUUUUGUCGAUUGACUCGUGGGACUCUACUGAGUCCCAGCAUGGGUGUGGUAGAUUACUGACGUGAAGCCGGACCUCUAUGAGUGCUCUACAUGGCCGGAUCAAAGCUAUUCUAAAAACUAGAUCCAUUGGAGUGGGAAGUACUCAAGAUGUAGAAGAGGACUCAAGCAGGUUUGGUCCUCUUUCUCUGAUGUGUUCUUAGAACCCACUACCCUCCCUCCUAAAAGACCAUGUGACCAUCGGAUUCACCUCACGAUAGUCAACCAGUGAAUCAAAGGCCUUAUAGGUAUUCACACCACCGGAUGAAAUUGAAGCCAUAAUCAAGGAGUUACUCUAGAAUGGUACUCUACAACCUAGUUCAUGCCUCACCGGCUCUUCUUUACAAGAAGAAAGAAGGUUCGUGGCGCCUAUGGAUUAUAGGCAACUCAAUGCGCAAACCGUAAAAAAGAAAUACCCGAUACCGGUCAUUGAUGAUCUUCUGGAUGAGCUACACGGUUAUACUGUGUACUCAACAAUCGUUUUAUCUAUUCCCACAUCGAUUCACCAAUCCUGGAACUCGUUAUGGAUAGAAGGUCCGUAGAAGUGAAAGUAGGACGACGGGAGAAAAGAGUAAGGAGUACCGGAAAAAGAAGAUUUUGGACUUUCUGCCCACGAAGAAAUAGUAGCAUUUGAAACUGGAAAGAUUUACUUUGGAUAGUAAAUCCCCAAGGAAGGGCUAUAAUCCAAACAAAGGAGGAGCUAGCGGACAGUUCGAAUUUCAACGAUUAGGGAGGGGAAUGAAACACUUGUCUUUCACAAUCAAUUCUUUCUUUUUUUUAUGUUUAGGACACGCGAAGCGAGAGCGAAACUCGCUAUGAGGAGAAGACUCGGCAAGAGAGGUUUGAACAAGAGGAACUGCCGUCUAGUUGAGUUUGAUCAUUCUCUCUUUCUUUCAAGAGCUGAAUAAGGGCAUAUCCGCAAAGGAGAGAGAAAUCGGACUUUCUUCUUUACCCCCCUCAUUAUUCAAGACGUGAAUAUAAAGUGUAUUGUACUCCCUUGGAUCUUUUCCGGGAUCUUUACUCGUCGUUGAUCAAGGAAGCUAGAAGGAAGAUGGGUGGUAGGGUGAAUGGACAUUCGUAUCCUCUCCGACUCGUCGGUUAGGAGAGUAGCGACCAAAAAGAAAUCAUUAUACAGGAUAACUGCUGUAGAGAUAAAAUGUAGGAAGGAGAAAGUUGGUUUCAAUGAGUCAUGUGAAUUGUAGAAGAAAUAGGUAAACAAGGCGGGUUAAUAUAUAUACGUUGAAAAGCAAGGGGAUAAAUUGAACGAAAUGAAGAGCAAUCCAGAAUCCGAUUUUGUAUACUAUAAGAAAAAGGCACUGAAAACUUGGAAACGGAAGAUGUUGUAACUGAUAUGGGUAGUCACACAUUAGGCAAAAUGGUGUAGUGGUUGGGCCAGGUAGCUUCUUCUUUUGAACAGCAUUUCAUUCUGUUUUGGAUGCUUUCUACUAUGUUUCAAGUGAUCAAAGAAGAGUUUAUUUCCCACUACUCAUAUCACAUCUUAUGUGUUGAUGCAAGCUGACUAAAUCAAUAAGAUGGUAUUCGUAUUUGAUUAGACAAGAUGGUAUUCUUCUUUAUUCCGGAGCACAACAAUCCGGAUCUCUAUCUUAUAGCUUAUCCUUCCUAUUCUGUAUGUAUUACGGUCAUGUCAAGUCAAUGGUCUGUCUGCCCUGCAACCGGUCUUGAAUGGCUUCAGUGAAUUGUUUGCUGAGCCUACAGAGUGACCUCCUAGGAGGACAAUAGACCACAAAAUACCCUUACUACCAGGCACUAAACCUGUCAAUCAUUAGAGAAGGGACAGAGUUCAAGAUAAGACUAUCUUGCCUGUUUGGUAGAGAGAGUACCGGGUAUUCCGAUGGUUAAAGAUUCAAGUCUUAGUGGCAAAGGGGGACAGCUUUGGCCUGCAACCGUUUCCACUUUACGGCCCACAGCUUGUGUUCUUCGGUAUUAAUUCGGUUUCUGUUUGUUUGGCUUGUCUCGUGCACCACCUGAAUUGAAUCAUAGUAAUGGGACUUUGGUAAUCCAGUGAUGAAGUCAAUGCUGAUAAUGGACCAUGCUUCAUCAGGAAUGGGUAGAGGAUCGAAGAGGCCAGGGAGUUUUUAAUGUUCUACCUUAGCUUGCUGACAGAUUUUACACUUGUUGACAAAAGAUUCCACUGAUUGAAAGAUUCCUGUCCAAGCAAAUAGUGCCUUGAUGCGGUGAUAAGUAGCAGUAAUGCCAGAGUGGGCACCAAUACCACUGGCAUGAAGUGCUUGCAAGAUGUUUUUUUUCAUUUAGAAGUUUGCACCAACCCAUACUCUUCCUCUAUAUCGAAUGACCCCAUUAUGCAAUGAAUAUUUGCUAUUCUUGUGAGUGCUCAGGACUGCCAAUUCAGAUAGUAAAUUCUGGGUGAAUGUGUCUUUGCUGUACCCUGCAACAAUAUCAGUGAGCCAUUGUGGUUGACAGGAAGUAAUGGCAUUGAGUUCAUCUGGCUCAUGUAAUCUAGAUAGUGGUGCAUCAGCUGCCCUAUUCUCUGAGCCUUUUAUUGGAUGGUAUAUUGUAAUCCCAUGAGCUUGAGGAAAGGAAAGCUUUGUGCUGUGCUGCAUUGGUGUUUUAAGUCUUUGAGCAGUCAAAUGAGCUAAGCUCCUGUGAAUGAAACGCCUGUCCUGCUAAGCCCAAACUCUAAUGUGCUUUACUUGGAAGUAGGCCACUCUUUCACUGUGAGGAUCUUCUUUUAGUCUGUAGCCACCCCUUGCCCACUAAUGACAUGACCCAGGUAUUCUAUCUGUGGUUGAGCAAAUGAACAUUUAUUCAACUUCACAUAUAGUUGAUUCUGCUUCAGAAGGUCAAAUACUUGCUGCAAAUGGGUGACAUGAUCUUGCAAGGAUUUGCUGUAGAUUAAGAUGUCAUCAACAAAAACAAGUACACAAACCCUAGUCAGCUCAGCCAGAAUUGUGUUCAUAGCACUCUGGAGGGUGGGUGGUGCAUUUGUGAGCCCAAAUAGCCUAAAAUUCAUAGUGACGUGGGUCUUGAAUGCCGUUUUGUAUUCGUCUGCUUCAUGUAAUCUUAUCUGAUGGUAACCAGCUCUCAGAUCCAGCUUAGUAAACCAAACAGCACAAGAUAACUCAUCCAACAAUUCUUCAACUACAGGCAUUGGGUAUUUUAUUAGACGAAUCCAUCUUAUUUCCUUAUUUCUCUGUUUUGGUAGCAGGAGAAGUAGUUUGUUCAGCCCGGACUUCAAAGUAGUCUCCCCCGUUGACCUUCUUUUUUAGAUAGAAUCCUCAAUGAGUGGAAAGGACUCCCAAACUUGCUCCACAGUACUAUACCAUACAGAGCCGCGCCCUUGUGAUAUGAUAAGAAGAAAAGGGGCCAGGCCGCCCUCUUUUCUUUUCCGCACCAAGCCUUCUUGUAAAAUCGGGUGUAUAGCUCAGUUGGUAGAGCAUUGGGCUUUUAACCUAAUGGUCGCAGGUUCAAGUCCUGCUAUACCCAAAACAAAAAAAACCACUCUUGUAUUCGUAAGGAUGCAUAGUAGCCUUCAAAGAGCACUCUUUGGCCUUGAGAAAAGCCCCUUUCUCAUCAACAUCUCGACUUCGCUCGUUGUUUGAGGUAAGUAUAAAGGAGAUCAGACUGGCUCGGUCAUUGAUAGGCCGGCCUUCUCCUUAUUCAUUGGAUAGGGCGCGGGGGAAAGUCAAGUCAAGCACUAGUUAGUUGGGGUGGGACGCACCAAAGCAGCGUUCGUUGCACUAGCGCCUUAUCUUUUGAAGCUAAACAGAGGCUCGAAAGACGGAGUACGUCCGAAGUCGUUGGCUGCCUUUUUGUAGUGCGCAAGUCAGAGUGAACUUCUUCUUCUGUUCUGCGAAUCUACUAACGAGAACUGCCGUACAGUCCUAUCUUUUUUUAAGAAAGAUCGUAGAUGAACGUUUCGUUUCGUUACCUAAGUAGUUGAGCAAUUCAUUCCAAGGUAAACAAAGAGGUAUUUCCUUUUCUCGUUCAGUCCUUCUCUCCUUCCAUCCCAGUAGGCCUAUUCAUGCUUUUUUGCUAUCCAUCUUGAUCAAAUAGAAGAAGGGGAAAUUCAGACUAGGCAAAACACCUCCAAAAGUGAAAAAAAGAUAAAACAACUUUCUUAUUGUCAAGUAGUAAACCAGAGUUCUCAUCCUAGGAAACCAUAUCGAUCAUCGGUUCAGAGCUCCCAACUACGAAGCUCUUUUCUAGAGCGAGUCAACAAUUCGUGGAUCCAUGGUUUGGAUGAAGCUAUGUACCCGGGUAGAGAUGAUUUGUCUCAAAGAUGUUCCGCUCAUCCAAGAAUCUUAAACUUCAUCUACAUAAACUCAUAAAUAGCCCUUUCCUUUCUUUUCUUGACUUAAAAAGGUAAUCAAUCCUUUCUUUUCAUCUUUUAUCAAGUCUUCCUCUUCCUGAUUGAGUCAAUCAGGGAUAGAAAUUCGGAUCAACUAUGAGGAGUAGGGCUGCUGGGCAAGUGAAUGAACUCUGUCCUAGGCAUUUCCAAUAAGUUCAGUGAAGUGAGGGCGAAGCCUUUUUUGAGAGGGAAAAUACACUCCAAAUGAUAUUCCAUAAUGGAAGGAAUGAGUGGAAGAUUUACUGGAAGAAAAAAAUACGAUACUUUUCUAGUCGUAGGUAGGGCUACCUAUCUAGUUUCGUGCUUCGGGCGUACCAGAUUCAAUAGGCUAGGUUAUAGCUGACAGAUUUCUUUAAGAACUAGCCGCCUAUAAGCCUCGCUAGUAGUAUUCCUGCCCAGUGCCGGAGUAGUGACUCACAAGGUAAGUUCUCCUCGAUGCAUUUCCAACACUCUCUUUUUCUACGUACACUUUGGAUUCCUCAGUAGGUAGGGACAACGUUCGAGAUCUCAUCCGACCGUCUAUUUCUCACUGAUUGGGAGAUUGGAUUGGAAUCCGAGGAGAACUGAUUGGAUGUCAUGGAACGAAUGGGGCACUACGUUGGUUACCCACUGCUAGCCUAGCGGAGAUUUCUCUAUUUGUUGAAAGUGGAAAGGAGUCAUAUUUGAAUCGGAAAGUUGGGCUCGUUCACUCACACCUUUCUUUGAUUAUCGAUGACUUGGCUUCUUGCUCAAGUAAGCACCCGGCAUACCAAUUCAUUAUCCUUGGGGCUCGGCUCGCUCCUUCCUAUCUACGUUAUUCUUUCUUUGUUACUCUCGUAAUGACGUUCCGAAAGAAAUCAAGGUUACCAGGUCACAGCUCUGAUUCUUCUUCCCUUAUAGAACCUUCCCGCAAGAAAUCAGUGGAAGUGGGUCCGCCCCUACAACUCAUCAAAUCUGCCUUCUUUUCUGUUCUGCGCUGUACAUAUUCUCAAGUUAUGAGAAAGAAUGGAUUUGAAUGCAAUUUUGAAUUAACAAAAUAAACGAAUGAAGAAUAUUUUUACCUCUUAUCUGAUAAGCAAUCAAAGCAUUUGAACUGCUCAAUGAACAAUAAAGAAAGAGCUAAGGUAAAAAAGUAUAUGUGUUACUAAUAGUAAACCAAUUUUAUUUGGAGUUUGCUUUCAGCUGAACAUGUUAUAACUACAAAUGAGGUGAGGCUUGAUUAGGUGGCUUUGCAAGAACUAGGGAGGAACACAAGUUAUGUACUUUAGGCUAAACAUAUGAAUUUAGAAGAUCAACUUUUCCAAUUGGACAUAAACAAAAGCAACCAAUAAUAUAUAUAUAUAAACUUCCAUAAUAUUUUCUCUAUGGUGAAGUAAUUUCAUCGAUAACCACUAAACGAUUAAGUAGCGAUGUAUGCAAAGCUAGACAACGAACAUUUCAUAAUACACUCGUUCUGCAUAUCUUUAGGAUAAAAGAAAAAACUGCGAAAAAAUAAGUUUUCCUAAAUAAAAAGAUCAAGAAAUCUAUUUUUUAUGGUUCUUAUUUCGUUGAAAACGUUUCCAUGAGACUUUCUUUCAUUGAAGAAGUCCAUGACUUGUUCUAGGUGAUAUGAGGUUGAACAGGCUUUAGAAAAAAUGCAAAGAAGGGUACAUGAGGGUGGAAUAAAAAUCAAAAAGAUGACCCCUUCUUUCUUCCUGAGCAUUACCGAUAAAUAUUCAUUCUUUAUACGUUAGGUUGGGUUUCAGAUGUAUAUCAUUUAUUAUAUGAAACCAAAAAGAAGAAAUGACAAGAAAGUUGUAUAUAGAUGGAGGAAUAAAUUAUGAUGUGGAAAACAAGGCUGGGGUUCAAAUCCUGUCAUCCCUACCUAUUACUUCUCCUAUGGGCAGUAACGAGGGAUCAAUUGAGAUCGAUUCAAAUUGGACAAAAUUCAGAGUUUCAUUUUUCUAUAUGCAUGCGGUACAAAAAUCAUCCUUUUCUUUACUGCUUUAUCUCCCGGAAAGCGCUCUUAGUUCAGUUCGGUAGAACGUGUGUCUCCAAAACCCAAUGUCGUAGGUUCAAAUCCUACAGAGCGUGAUUCUGUUCUUGUUAUGUCGAAUCAAAAAAAAAGAACUUAACAAAGUGGAAUGUACGACUACUGUUCUUAACCCAAAUCAAAGAAAACAACAGAAAUACUCGACCUGGAGAGGAGACCACUGACCAAUCUCCGUCCAUUUUCCCUUGCCUUUCCUUUACGGGUAUGCCUGUUUUAGGGGACCUUAUAGUAAUAAUAGUCUAAUAGACCAACUAGAAGAGGAGAGGAAUCCUUCAUGAAUCGCCUUGCCUUGCUUAAAGAGGUUUAUUAAAAACCGCCCAUGGAACUCUUGUUUUGAGGAAGCAAUGAACAUUGUCUUUUUCCAUUCUCAAUAAAUGAGGAAGGAGGGGUGAGGUCCUCACUUGCGAGUGAGGCAAGGCUUUCUUUUAUAAUACAUCCUACCCGAUUUUGGUUGACGAUUGCGUUCUAUUCCAAUUAUUCACUUGUUUUUCUUGUCACUGUGGCGAGACCAGAUGAGAGAGAGAACUAUUUUCCAUUUCCAGACAGACCCCGAGCCGAGGUUGGAACAAUUCUUUAUUUUCUUGUUGGUUCCUUCUUUAUUAUUUAUUCCAAGUUUUUCUCUUCCAUUCGGUUCAUUAGCUUUAGGAAAAAUAGAAGCUGCGGAAAUGCUCGCUUCUAAAAGGCUUAAAGGCUCUGAUCAAGGCAAUGAACAUUUUGCACUUGGAAACUAAUAAGAAAGGAAUUCAAAUCAUAGUUCAAUACAGACUUUUUCUCUUUUAAGAAGGGUGAAACUUUCCUUCCAAUACUUGUGCGCUCUACCCAUCUCUACUGAACAAACCCACUACACAUCGAGUGGCAGGGUAUGUGUGUAGGCCUUUUCAAGGACAUUCGAAACAACAUGUCGAUAAAUUGCUAUAGAAAGUGGGGCUAGAUCGAGAGUUCUGACCUUUUCGUGGGUUGGGUGAUCUUCAAACUCUUGUUUUUCUAGCGAAAGAACGCCCUUCUGAGCGAUGAUCUCCUACAAGCGAGUAUAGUAAGGUUGACUUCAAUUGAGACAGAAAUGUCACUGGUCAGCUCCUUAGCGUGACAAUUAACACCACUUUCUUAUUACCUAAUAGAUUAGAUAAGGGAAGAAGGCAGGCCAAAGCUUAUAGAUUCGGAGAUCGUACUUCUAACGCUUUGUCUGAGUCAGUCCUACGACCCCUUCCGGCUGAGACACGAAUCCUAGCCUAUCUGAGUCGCAGAAUGAAGGGCUCUUCAGAAGGCGCCACCCAAGUCUCCUUUGAUACUUCGGAGUCAGGAAUUUUUUUUCCAAGGAAGGCGGAUUUUCUGCGUUCCGCAGCACGAACAGGGUGUACAGAAGAUCGAUGUGCCAUCUUUCUAACCACCUUCAUUUGUUGUAUGAUCAGUAGGGAAGGGAGCCUUUGAUAAAGGGACCCCAAACCAAGAAAUCUACUGUCUCAGAGCGACAGUCAAGCUCGUAUCGCGGAACUAGAACAUUUCUUUGAUUGAUAGGUCAGAUAGGAAGCAGGCAAGCAAACCAAGUUAUAGGUUUGGAAGUUAGAACUCGGAAAGGUUGUCCUGUGACUACCUUUGAAGUCUUUGGGUAGGACAUCAGGCUAAGGUCUUAUGAUGAGCCACGCGCAUAUGAGGUUUACUGCAGCCCUAAAGCUCUGUCCCCUAUCCUACCACUAGAUCUCCUAUGCCGGAACAUGAACAGAGAAAGCUGUGAGUGUAGUCUUAGGAACGAACCCGGGGUUGCUCUCGCAAAAAGAUUGUACUAAAGAAAGCUAGAAAGCUCAAUUCCAAGCUUUAAACCUCUGGUCCACGGGUCGGUGAACGAAUGGGUUUUGGGAAAUAGAGAACAUGGACUCGAUUGAACAAAGGUGGCACCGGAAUGAAUAGCCCACUUGUUUCGGGCAAGAAUGAAUGGGACUGAUCGACUCGAGUUACCGAGCGACCUCCACUCUUCGACUCGAGCUUUCGCUUCUGCUUUUCUCUUGUUUUGAUUUAUUAGCUUUUUAGGGAAAGAAGAGGGUCUGAAAUACAACUAUGUCUACGAGUGCCGCGAAUGAACCUUCGGUUCUUCCCAAGAACAAGGAGACACGAACUAAAUAACUCGUAUCAGGCUACGGGAAUAGUGAACGGGAAGAAGGAACUAGUGAGGCUUUCGUUGGUCAAACAAUAUGCCCUCCUCACUUGAGGAGAGUGAAGGUCAUGACUUAUUGAAGCAGAACGUCAAUUGGCCAAGAGAAGGGGAACUCCUUUCGUCGGUAACUAUUGAAUUGCCUAUCUAACAGUGGAGCGAAGCGGAACGUUGAACGGGAAACUCGUGUCGUCGGUUAUCCAAUUUCCCUCCUUUCUGUUUCGACAAAGAAAACGUUUAGGUAUCGGUAAUAGGAUUCCCACUAUGAUUUGAAGAAAAAGAUAGAUUCUAUAAUAAUCCAUAAAUAAUAUAUAGAAUCAGGCUCCGUAAUCAAGUGCUCGCUGUGAGAAGAAGAUCUACAGGCAUGUACCCAUUUCUCCCUGCAAAAUAAGUUUGAACCCGAGUGAGUAUGGACCAUACGCUCAUCUUUCUUCUCAAUCUACACCUCGUUCCGCGAGAGACCUAUCCUCGUUUCGAAAUAAAGGACCGUAGUGAGGAUCGAUCCCGGAUAAGCGAGUCAGUGUAGGGACAGAGGCUGAUGAUUCUAAAGGUGAUUUCUAACUACAAGAUGACUUUAUUUGAAAACGGAAUCCAAAUAUCAACAAAAAGAUGAAUGGAAAGUCUUGUCGAUAUGAAUUGAUCUUCAACCCAAUGACAAUGCUUCGAUUUCGAUCUUUACUUCUUUCUUGGAUGCCUGAAGUUUGUGUUCGCAUUUCAUCAAAGGAAAAGUGGGCUGUACCCACAUGAAGAAAAGAGUUGCUCGUGUAAAAGCAAUAUCUUCUAUUUGACUUAUCUAGCCGUGUCUUGUCUUGCACAUACUCGGCUCGGUGAAUGGUUCAUCUUCGAUUGGCAUGGUCCUUUGGAUGUAAGAGAUCUCGUUUGCUGGCCGGGCCCUUCCAUGAGUUUAGAUCUCUAUGUAUGAAUCUCUUAUGAAAUCCCAUACUUUUUAUCAUUUCAGAACGAUCAGCAUACUGUGUGACUUCUGCGUGACAGUUCUUGCAUUUCGUUUGUUGCUUUGCAUGAACAUUUAGAUAUUGGAAAGCGAACUCCCUGAAUUAGGAAUUUCAUAGAUAGAGAAGGACGGGCAAAAAGAGAGAGACUGACUAACUACCCGGAUCAAUGCUGAUUGACGACUGAAUAAAUAGCCGGAAGCAACAACUGCACGAGAGAGAAAGAGCGGAUCCAACUAAGGAAAUGCAGUACCUGUUCUGUCGGAGCUAAUCAUGCAAAGCUAGCGUAGCGCCAGCCGUCGAAGUGAAUGAAUUCGAAAGAACGAAGAAGUAAGGAAAUGAGACGACUCUUUCUUGAACAAUUUCAUAAGCAGAUCUUCCCCUCCACACCAAUCACGAGUUUUUUUUUAUUCCUCUCGUAUAUCGUCGUCACGCCCUUAAUGAUAGGUUUUGAAAAAGAUUUUUCAUGUCAUUCCCAUUUAGGUUCGAUUCGGAUCCCUCUGUUGUUUCCCUUUCCUCCCGAACCUUUUCCUCGAAAUGAUAAAGAAUCUGGUACACUCGAAUUGUAUUAUUUAAGUGCUUAUUGCUUGCCAAAAAUCCUACUUCUACAAUUGGUAGGUCACCGGGUUAUUCAAAUAAGUCGUGUUUUCUGUGCUUUUCCCAUGUUACAACUUCCGUACCAAUUCGAUCGAUCCGGAAUGGAUCGGUUAAACAUUCUAUUAGGGAGCCCGGUCUUGACUCUUCUGUGUGGUAUUCAUUCUCGUUCGGCUCUUGGAAUCACAUCCAGCAGUGGUUGGAACAGCUCGCAAAAUCCAACCACUUCACCUACUUUAUUGCCCCCAACCGUUUCCCGUACCUCUAUAGAAACAGAAGGGUUUCAUGUUCUUUCAUCGAUUGGGUAUUCCUCUCCUUUUGUAUCUCUUUAUCCAAUUUCGGUCUCGAUUAGUUCACAAGAUUGAAUGGCCAAGUCAUGGAAAAGCCGUUAUUCGAUUGUUUUAAAAGAAUGUUGAGCCGGGCCCGGGUAUGUAAGUUCAGCGAUGUACAAACAAGGAUUUAUUUUACUUCCGCACCUAGGUUGGGGGGUUCUAUUUAGGAAGAAUAAGGAAGAGGAAUAGAAUCUCAUUCAUGUGUUCAUGCUAACAGAAGAGCGGAUCCAAUACACAUAAGGCAUCGGUUGUUCUUAACAGCGAUGGCUAUUCAUUUAAGUCUUCCGGAACUUCGUGCGAAUCUACAGGUUUUGGAUGGAGUGGGUUAACGAGAGAUUUCCCCACAAGUCGGCCUAUAACUCACUCCCCGACUGACCUUUUAGCCGAGCUUGGGCUUUGUACCUCUUUCUCCUCUUUUCCCCUCAUUUCUCUUCUCGAUCAAGAAAGAGCGAUGGCUUUCGCUAGUCUACCGAGGUGGAAGCAUCAUAUAAGCAAUUCUGGAAAGUGCCAAUUCAAAUUUUAGGAGGAUCCUGCCCGAAGGUAUCAUACUCAUCCGGCGGGCAAUCGGCGCUUACUGCUAUCGGACAGAGAAUAAGCUUCUUGGCAUAGAUCCACGGUUUUAGAGCUAUUCGUCACAGGAAACCAUAUAUGUUCCGUCAUGUAUCUGCCGGUAGCCGCUAUUUUUGCUUUUCCUUUGCUGACGCCGAGCGAUCCCCCGAUUUCUACCUAGCGGAUUUCGUCACACAGUUGGUCCAGAUAGUUGAGUAGGGCAGCCCGUCGGACCCAAUCCGCCUGUCAACGCCACUUUCGUUACAAAUAUGAAAAAAGGUAAGGAUGCGCGACUGGGCCACCUUCGCGAUGCGCUACUAAAUGGUCUAUGGCUUUGUCUGGGUUUAUGGGCUAAGAGUAACCGCGGUGGUAAAAGGACAAGUGGAAGAUGAUCUCGAAUUGUUCUCUUUUCUUAACCUGGCCAAGUCGGUGGAAACGUGUUCAAGGUUGGAUCGAGAAGACUUUGUCGGUGGGGGGAAAGGAAGUGUAUUGAUAAAGUGUCUCUUGUCCAAGCCGUAUCUACAUAUUCUAUGUCAUGCUUCAAAUUACCGAGGGGCUUGUUUGUAUCAGCACAUAACGUCGCUGAUUAGAGCGUUCUGGUUUAGCAGCAAGAAUGGAGAAAGGAAGGAAGACGGCAUGGGUCUCGUCGGACUUGAUGACGAUGCCGAAGUAUAUGGGAGGCUUGGGAUUUAGAGACAUUGAAAUUGAGAAUUGGCUAGGCAAGCCUGGCGGAUUCUACAAGAUCCUAUGUCUCUUAGCGCCCGGGUGUUGAAAGUGGUUUAUUUUCCAACUGCUCCUAAGUGCUGCUCUAGGAAACAAACCGUAACAGAUAUGGACGGGAAUAAAAAAUUGACGCUGAGGAAAUCUGUAAUAUUCCUAUUAGCCAUGUCACUUAGGGAAACUUCUGGGCGUGGCCCGGCAUUAUAAGAAGACCGGUAACAAAGGAAGGAGACUAUCUAUUUGCUGAGACUAUGGUUACUCUUAGCUUGACAUACAGAGUUUAGGAUGUGAUCGACCGGUCGGGAGGACAAUAAUAACAAUGUAGAGAAUUGGUCUAGCUACAACCCUCCAGUGGAAUUAAAGCGACUCGCCAAGGCCAGUUCGAUAGAAAGGGAACCCUUGUGGAGAGACAGGAUCCCCAUCUUUCGGUGGAAGAACCGCUUGAUCUUACGCCCUAUAUUCUUGGUAAAGUGAGCUAUGUCAUAGCCUAUUGCUACCCGAUCUACAAGUCGGUCUACUUCUGGCUCUUGCCUUGAUUGGAACGGCUUUAGAGUAACAAAGCAUUAGUACUUUCUCGUAACAAAGGCGAUACGGAACUUUGGAGAAAAUGGACGCAACUGGUCGGGAAAGCGCGGUAGAGGCUGCCAUUCUCUGAUUGUUCAGUCGGAUUGUUUGAGCGUGUGGAGGCUAUGAACAGCGACUUUGGUUCAUCUACUUGGGGGGCUUAUGAUAUGAUAUUGGGAGCGGGUUGGUUGGAACAACACAGCCCCAUGUGGGUUCACUGGAAAAACAAAAUCAUGAAGUUUGAGCACAAAGGUGGGAACUGAUUACUCUUCAUGGCGUGUCUGACAAUGUUUCUUAGUUUAUGUUCUGAUGGAAGUUUCUCAAACUACGAGUUUUGUGAUCGAUAAAGCGGCGGAGCCAAUGCGAUCCGAUGACCAGCCAAAUAGUUUUCAUUAAAAAUAAAUGCGUAUUUAAAGUAAAAUAGUUGAUACGAUGUGAUCAGACUUUCUCAAUCCAGAAGAUGGAAGGAGCCUGUGUGGUCCGCGAAGCGCCGGCCAAUUGGGGAAGGCGGCGGAUCCGGCCAACCAACCACUCAAAGAAUGAGAAUGGAAUCAUCAUUGCUAGAAGAAAGACUUGAGUCAUUUUUUUUAAGUGCCAAAUAGCUCAGUUGGUAGAGCGGUGGAUCAGUCUAGCUAAUAUCAAGGUGCGUUUCUUGCCAUGCCAGCUGUGUCGGUCCGUCCUUCCUAUACUUGUCAGUCUCGAUAUGGCAGUUAAGCAUAUUCCAGUAAUUCUAUUUUAUCCUAAGUUUUUCUUGGUUGGACCAACCCAACCGGCGAUUUCCGACAAGUCUUUCUGCUUAGAGCAAGAAAGCAGAGCUAAAAUUUAUUUAUUUUCAUUUAUGGAUAACCAAUCCACCAUUUUCGCCGGAAUCAUUAUUUCUGUUGCUAUCGCUGCCGCUUUUAAAGCGGGACAAGUUUGUGGACUCCAUGCUAUUUCACACCGAAUCCUUCAAUUAGAUUUUGAGAAACUAAACCAAAAAACGGAAUCUCUGCUGGGGAAGCUUUUAGAGGAAACUGUAGGUAAUGUCCAAUUACCGCAGGGGCUCACCCUCAGAGAUAUGGUGAAUCAAACUAUAUUUAAUGAGGGAUCCAUAGAAGAUAGGAUUCUCGCGCUAAACGAGAGCUAUCUGGAUCUGCUGAAUUAUGGCGCUACCAGUAAAACAUUUUUAUCCAUAGUAACCGAGUAUAGUUUACUUCCAGGUCCCAACUUCUUCAACUGACCUUAGUGUACUCUUACUUAUUACUAUAUUUUUCUACGAUUUUUUAUGUUUUUGUGGGACAUAUCCGCACCACCAGAUCUUCAACAAGGUGGAAAUUCUCGUAUUUCGUAUGUACAUGUUCCUGCGGCUCGGAUGAGUAUAGUUAUUUAUAUCGCGACAGCUAUAAACAGUUCCUUGUUCCCAUUAACAAAACAUCCCCUUUUUCUUCGCUCUUCCGGAACCGGUACAGAAAUUGGUGCUUUUUCUACUUUGUUUACGUUAGUGACUGGGGGGUUUCGGGGAAGGCCUAUGUGGGGUACCUUUCGGGUGUGGGAUGCUCGUUUAACUUCUGUAUUCAUCUUGUUCCUUAUUUACCUGGGUGCACUGCGUUUUCAAAAGCUUCCUGUCGAACCGGCUCCUAUUUCAAUCCGUGCUGGACCGAUCGAUAUACCAAUAAUAAAGUCUCCAGUCAACUGGUGGAAUACAUCGCAUCAACCUGGGAGCAUUAGCCGAUCUGGUACAUCAAUACAUGUUCCUAUGCCCAUUCCAAUCUUGUCUAACUUUGCUAACUUCCCCUUCUCUACCCGUAUCUUGUUCGUUCUGGAAACACGUCUUCCUAUUCCAUCUUUUCCCGAAUCUCCCUUAACGGAAGAAAUAGAAGCUCGAGAAGGAAUACCACUAAAAACCUAGUUCGCUCUCAAAUAAAAACCUAGUUCACUCGCUAAAGCAUCCAUGGCUGAAUGGUGAAAGCGCCCACCAACCUAGAAAGGCAAAAUGGGUCAAAAAGUAGGUUCGAUUCCUGCCGGAUGCACUGCCUCUUAAAGACAGAAACAGAGGAGGGAAAGAAGGUAGUAUAGGGAACUUGCUUUUGGAUUCUUAUCGAAAGUGAAUCCCUCUAACACUUCUGUUAGUGUUUUAUGAGAAAAUCUUUUAUAGACACAACAAGUGUGAAAAUCCUUAGUCACUAGGCAAGAAAGCUCGAUGGGAACAAAAAGGAUACAAUUAGUUCAGAAUCAAAAAAAUGUACAAUUUCAAAGGAAAGAAGGAAUGGCAAGUUUCCCUCCAUUGAACAUCAAUCAAUCUAGAAAUAGGUAAAGGAAGGCGUAUCACAGGGGUAUUUUUCUUUUUUCUAUUCACUUCCGUGGGGUUCUAAAUUGAAAACAUGAACACAAACGAAAUCGUAUUGAAAUUACAUAAAAAAAGAAAAGGGAGGAGUAGCUCUUGGUUUAAAGAAAAGGGAGGAGAUGGAUCGAAUUCAGUCUUUUUCCUUUCUUUGAUGAUCUUCAACACAUCUAUUUGAAUUCCCUGCGAGUGAAGGAUUUCUCGUAUGGAGAAAAACCUCUUGAGCGCUAUCUGAUCUUAUUUUUGUAUUUCAAAUAUGGGACCUGCCUUUUUAAUGGGACAUCCCGGCAACAGGCCUACUCAUGCAUGUGGCCAAGUACUCGACCAAUCCUCGGAGCGAAGGGAUGAACGAAUUCUCGAGGUCUGGUUCAUUGAGGUCAGCAUCACAUGAAACCUUUAGCACUUCCGUUCGAUAUUGGAUGGAGUAUGGCUGGAAGGUCAGCCUAGCUAGUCUUGUCAAUCGGCCCUGACUCGUCUUCUCCUUGGUACCUACCGCUAUUGAACUUCGGUACCUAUAUUCCUGAAACAAGACAGACCUUCAUGAAGACCUUAUAUUUUGGAAUAAGAUCGGACAUUUCCACAUUGAGGUGAAAUUACAUAUGAGGAAAAUAAUCCUGGACUACGAAAGCUGCCCUUGUGUGGUAGAACCAGGUCUUCCACCGGGCGGUCAGCCAAGUACUGAAGCCCCUAUCUUGAUAUAGAAUAGAAGUGAGUUCACACUAAAAAUAGAAGAAGCCCUAUGAUUUUUUAGCCCUGCUAUCAAUCACUUCGGUAAAGGGAUCGAAAGAUUAUGGUCUGAAAUAGAGAUUUGAGAGUCCCUCGUGUGAGUACGUGCUGAAGAGCAAGGAGUGAAAGUGCGUUCAUCUUUCUUUCUGCUAGUUGUUUCCUGCUAAUAGUGAUUAGUGAGUGCCCCAUACAUAGCCAAUGUCCGCCCGUGUUCACAUCCAGUCUUCUCUGUACACUAGUGCAGCUUCCAGCUCUAUGCUAUGUAUGGUAGUCGUUUGACUCGGGAAUCCCUGAUAAAAGCUUUUAGUCCGUGCCUGGCAGUUUCAGCCGUGGUCCAGUCCAGCAGCCUCUUUUCGAUCCAAGAGUCGCAUGAGAAGAAAGCUUCCGGUUAGCUUCAGUUAGUGUUAGUUAAAUAGAACGGGAACCUCGUAACUAUGCCAAGCCCGAUCUUGGUUCCAAUGCUGCAGAGAAAGGUUAUGGGUAAAAAGAAGGUCUUUAUCCUGGUGCUGCGGAGACCGGUGUUGCUGAUCGAACUCAUUUUCUUUCGAGGAGAUCGAAAAUCUCUGAAUUUCUGCGAAACGAAUUUACAUAUUUAUUGCGAGGGGCUUUGAAAAGCGAAAGGAUGAAGACUGAUUUAGAUCCUCUGAAAGCGCAGGAAGUAUGCCUUUUGAGCUUUUUCUCCACCCACCUCUGAGCAUCCUGUUGGAAUGGUCCUAGGAAAGACUACGUACGAGAAAUCAUUCUCACAGCCAACUUUCCUUCUUCUGAGCAAAUAAAUGUAGUAUUUAGUCCAACCAAUCAUUGGUGAAUCUAUGUCUUUCGUGAAAAGUGGAGUAUUUGUGCCCAAGAUCUUUCUAUUCCCUUUAGUAGGUGCACACAUCUCGUAUGGUAAAUAUACCUUUGUGCCCUAUAAGGUAAGAUUGAUUGACGGAGUCAAGAGAUGGAGAUCUUGGUUUAGCAGCGGCUGCCUGUCCUUUUCUUUCGUGAAAGGUAUGAUCUAGAGUGUGAUUCUGAUCCCGUGAUUGGGUGCUUGGCGUAGAAUGAGUGGAGCAUACUAGGAAUGCCGAAUGCUCGCUCAGUGAGGGAGCUCUGUUGGAGAAGAGUGGGACUAGAAAGAGGGAAUACCCAUGUCAGGCCAUGUAAGGCCAAUAGUUGAGGUACCUGGAUCCAGACAAAACUCCAAACAUGUAAGAAUCUACCUUGAAGCAAGGUUUCUACUGGUUAAUGCGUUCCACCCUAUUGAUGACAGCUAAUGUUACUAAAAGCUUAGAUGAAGAAAGAGCUUCUGAGCGAAGGCUUGUUGGCUUUGGUUGUUGGCGUGGAUUAUCUUGUUAAGCUCUGCAGAGAUGGUGAGCGUGAAGAAAGGACACUACCAUCAAAGAAAGACAGCUCUCAAAUGGAUUUGCUGGUCUAUGAUGACCAAGUAGAAGCAUCCGUUCCACAUAGGUGAUUUUUAUAGAAGCAUAGGCGCAAGCUCUUCUCAAAAGAAUUUCGUUUAUAGGAUUCAGUCGUCCGUUUGUUUUGUUUUGAAUUGACAUAGAGAAAUCUUUCUCGCGUUCCCUUAAUUCAGGAAUAGGUGGCGAAGGCUACUUGUUCCUUGUAUAUAUAUAUAAAGGAAAGGGGUUAUUUUUCCUUUACGGCAAUAAGAGUUGAUUCCCUUGCUUGUAGUUUUGGAUCGAUUCCGUGUAUUUCACAUAUUUAAGAGUGGUUAGGAGAGAGAAUCAAUGUUUAGUAGUAGGCCCGGUUCACCAGGUUCUACCACUGUUCGGCCCAA